AUGUCCGAAUACUGUGCUAACUCUACAUCCACUUCCAGUUCGGAUAUGGAUUCUGCUAAUGUUUUUAGUUCAAGUGAGAGUUUUGCAAUUUCACCCAGAGCGGGAUUUCAACAAUUUAAUCAUCUCAUCAAUGCCCCUAAAAAGCCAAAACUGGGAGCUCGUUUCAAAAUGGAGGCUAGAAAGAAUCUUUUGAAACAUUUCGAUGAGCCCCUCUAUCGCAAAUAA